AUGGCUGGACUUCCCAAGGCCCUACCAGCAACAACACCUCCCCUGCAACUCUCCAUCUACGCGGACAACAUCUGCCUGUGGACCAACGGCAAGGACCCCUGGAAAGUGAUGAAGACCAUCCAGAAGGGCGUGGACGCUACGACCGAGUACAUCCGUGGCCUCGGGCUCACCCCGUCAGCCGAAAAGACCAGGGUCAUGCUGCUUGGUUCCACGGCAAACUGGUGUACGCUGCCUGAACCGAUCCUGAUGGAAAACACACCACUGGAACAGGUCUUCCUGGGCGCCACUCGUCAAGGACCUCCAGACCCGAUGCAAGACAACCCUGAACGUGACCAUGCGACUCAGUGGACGGCACUCCGGCUUCCCCCAGAGGACCCUCCUGACCAUCCACAACGCCACCACAGCCGCGCGGAUGCUGUUCGGACUCCCCUACGCCAAGCCCAGCAGAUCAGCGCUGGAAUCCCUAGAACUGCUCCACCGUCGCGGACUGAAGCUGGCUCUCGGACUCCCACCUGGGGCGCGGAACGUCGCCUUGUACGCCGAGGCUGCCGCUCUCCCUCUCCAACUACGAGCCACCCAACACCUGCUGAACCAGCUCACCAGACUGAACAGGACAACAACCGGAAGGGCGACCAGCUGUUCCAGCCCAUCCCACCAGUUCCCAGUCCAGAUGCUCCAUGGAGGCUCCUCGGGACCGCCAUCCGGACAACACUGCCAGGCCUGCCGCGGAAAAAGGACGUUCCGGAUGCGGUGGCACGGUUCCUGGCCGCCGUGCGCCUUCAUGAGAGCUACCAGGACUACCUGCACAUGUACACGGACGCCUCAGUCGACCCUGGACGACGCGCCUGCUCCCUGGCCUGCCACAUCCCAGCAACACAGUUCUCCUGGGCCGAAGGAUUGUCCGGACUCCUCUCCUCCACGUAUGCAGAACUCCUGGCGAUCACGGAAGCCCUGGACAUCAUCGCCAAGACGAGCGCCACCAAAGCGGUUAUCCUCACGGACUCCCGCGAGGCUCUGUCGAGGCUAAACAACCGUUAUGAACACUGCCAUCUUUCUUUCAGAGCACACCAGAAGCUGCAGCUCCUCCUGGCAUCCGGUCAUCGCAUCGCGCUGCAGUGGAUCCCAUCCCACAAAGGCAUCCCUGACCCUGGUCCGAAUAAUAAAAAAAAAUAAAAGACCCUGGUCCGCCAGGCACCAUCUACCACCAGCCAGGCUAAGAAGAGGAUCGCCCUCCAUGUGCGCAGCUUCCACAAGGACAAGCCCACGGCGGAUGGGACAGCACCACCACCCUGCAUGACGGCCGGCCUAACCAGGGACGAGGCAUCGCUGCUGCUCAGGCUCCGUGCGUCGUGCGCCUUCACCCGGGCGUACGGCUUCACGAUCGGCCUUUUCGACGACCCACGCUGCGGAACCUGCGGUGUCCAGGAGAGUGUUGCUCACCUAAUCACCCGCUGCAGAGAUACUGCUUCUCAGAGAGAUCUUCUUUUCCAGAACCUGUCCAGCGCCGGCAUCUCCGACCACAGCCUGGUUAACCUGGUCUACCCCAUGGGCCCGCGACACCAUCGCCGACGCAUCCAAAGGGAGCUGCUGCAGUUCCUGAGCUCUACCGGCCUGGACACCCGCCUGUAGCUGCCGCCCUCCGGACCUCCUCCGCCUGACGCUGCCUAGGGCAGCGUAGGACCCCAGGACCUGCCAGGACACCAGAAGCCACCCCUUACCUGACCCCAGGACUUCUCCAGCUGCCGCCACCUUCCUGACCCGCCUUACGUCUGCCACGGACCUGCCUGUACACCAAAGCCACCCCUGACCUGACCCCUGGACGACUUCUCCUCCUGCUGCCGCCAUCCUGCACCGCCCUACGUCACACACGGCGUCGUUCGACCCCCUUGCACCUGCCAGACACCAA